GGCGGCAGCAGGUGGCCCCGGACUUCCCGCCGUCGCCGCUGCCCCGGCGGGCCGCGCGCGCCGUCGCGCUCCAGAGCCGUCCGGGCUAGGCUCGCCGGACAGGAUGGAGGCGGACGGGGACCGGGAGGAGCUGUCCCACCUGCGCGCGGUCUUCGCCGCCUGCGACGCGAACCGCUCGGGGCGCCUGGAGCGCGAGGAGUUCGGCGCGCUGUGCGCGGAGCUGCGCGUGCGGCCGGCCGACGCCGAGGCCGUGUUCCAGCGGCUAGACGCUGACCGCGACGGUGCCAUCACCUUCCAGGAGUUUGCGCGCGGCUUCAGUGGGUUCCGCCGCGGGGGGCGGUGCCGAGGCUGGGCUCCCCGGGACCCCGCGCCCGCCUCGGCCCAGGCGGGGCCCGACUCCGAGGACAGCGAAGAGGACGAGGGCGACGGGGACGCGCUGGCAGCCCCCUGGGGUCGGGCGAGUCCCGGCCAGGCUUGGCAGGACUUCCAGGCGCGACUUGGAGACGAGGCCAAAUUCAUCCCCAGAAAAGAGCAAGUUAGUACCUUAUAUCUAAACAUCAACCUUGUGGAGCCAAGACUAAUUCAGCCAUACGAACACGUUAUAAGGAACUUUAUCCGCGAGAUCAAACUGCAGAGCACAGAAAUGGAAAACCUGGCCAUUGCGGUGAAGAGAGCCCAGGACAAGGCAGCCAUGCAGUUGAGUGAGCUGGAGGAGGAAAUGGAUCAGAGGAUUCAGGCAGCAGAACACAAGACGCGGAAAGACGAAAAACGUAAGGCUGAGGAAGCCCUCAGUGACCUCAGACGUCAGUAUGAAACAGAAGUAGGGGAUUUACAGGUGACAAUAAAGAAACUCAAAAAGCUAGAAGAACAGUCGAAACACAUAAGUCAAAAAGAAGAUGUGGCUGCAUUAAAAAAGCAAAUUUAUGAUUUAUCAAUGGAAAAUCAGAAAGUUAAGAAAGAUCUUUUAGAAGCACAGACAAACAUAGCCUUUCUUCAGAGUGAAUUAGAUGCUUUGAAAAGUGAUUAUGCCGAUCAGACUCUGAAUUCAGAAAGGGAUCUGGAAAUAAUCCGAGAGUACACAGAAGAUCGAAAUAGUCUUGAGAGGCAAAUUGAAAUACUCCAAACAGCUAACCGGAAGUUACAUGACAGUAAUGACGGCCUUAGGAGUGCCCUUGAAAACAGUUACAGCAAGUUCAACAGAUCUUUGCGCAUAAAUAAUAUAUCACCAGGGAAUACAAUUUCUAGAAGCAGUCCCAAAUUUGAUGGUCAUUCUCCUCAUCCUCUGGGCUAUGACAGGUCAUCCCGCUCCUCCUAUGUGGAUGAGGACUGUGACUCGUUGGCCCUCUGUGACCCUAUGCAGAGGAUGAAUUGUGAGGUGGACAGCCUUCCCGAGAGCUGCUUCGACAGCGGCUUGUCUACGCUGAGAGACUCCAACGGAUAUGACUCGGAGGUGGAAUACAAGCACCAGAGGGGACUUCAGAGGUCACAUGGCACACAGGAGAGCCUUGGGGGCGAUGCUUCAGACAUAGAUGUUCCUGAUCUAAGGGAUGAAGAGACGUUUGGUGCAGAUGGUGUGGCCACCAUGUUAGACUGGAAACCCCAGGGGUCCGCUAGUGAGGGCAGCAUCAUCAGUUCUUCAAGAAAGCCCAUCUCGGCUCUGUCACCACAGACAGACAUGGUGGACGGCGACCCUAAGUCUUCCAGCUCACAGAAGGCUUACAAGAUUGUGCUCGCUGGGGAUGCUGCAGUGGGGAAGUCUAGUUUCCUCAUGAGACUCUGCAAGAAUGAAUUUCGAGGAAAUACCAGUGCCACCCUGGGAGUCGAUUUUCAGAUGAAAACUCUCAUUGUGGACGGAGAGCGAACAGUCCUGCAGCUCUGGGACACGGCCGGUCAGGAGAGAUUCAGAAGUAUCGCCAAGUCUUACUUCAGAAGAGCAGAUGGUGUUCUGCUACUGUACGAUGUUACGUGCGAGAAAAGCUUUCUCAAUGUACGAGAAUGGGUGGACAUGAUUGAGGAUGCAACCCAGGAGAGUAUUCCUAUCAUGUUGGUAGGAAACAAGGCUGAUCUCCGUGAUGCUGCCACAGCAGAGGAACAGAAGUGUGUCCCAGGAUACUUGGGAGAAAAACUGGCCAUGACCUAUGGGGCAUUGUUCUGUGAAACCAGUGCCAAAGACGGCUCGAAUAUAGUGGAAGCUGUUCUCCACCUUGCUCGGGAAGUGAAAAAAAGGACUGAUGAAGAUGACAGCAAAUCCAUUACCAAUCUGACUGGGACCAGUUCCAAAAAGUCAACCCAGAUGAAGAACUGUUGCAAUAGUUAAAUCCCGAACAUCCCUGGCCUGUCAGGUCUUCAGUCCCAGAGUACUGAGUGUCUGUGACUUGUUUGCUUCUCGCAGAGGGGUGCAUCCUCCAGACACAGCCAGGUGGAAAGUUGCAGUGUGGGAAUCUGAACUGUGCUCUUAGAUCCUUCUGGAGCCCCGGCUCUUUGCUCUUUUUCAGUGAAUGAUUGAGGCCCCCUGGUUAAAAGUACUUGUCUUGUCCUUGCAGAGUCUCAAAAGAUAACGUGUAAAAAAAUGUUAAAAAAUCACAUGCUCAGGGGCGCCUGGGUGGCUCGGUCGUUGGGCGUCUGCCUUCGGCUCAGGUCACGAUCCCAGGGCCCUGGGAUCGAGCCCCGCAUCGGGCUCCCCGCUCAGCGGGAGGCCUGCUUCUCCCUCUCCCACUCCCCCUGCUUGUGUUCCCUCUCUUACUGUCUCUCUGUCAAGUGAAUAAAUAAAAAUCUAAAAAAAAAAAAAAAAAAAAAAAAAUACAUGCUCAGAUCGAAGCUGUAGAAGAAAAACUCCCUGACAAAGAUCCACAUGGUAGCUGACUUUGUAGAUAACCUAGAACUUUUUUUUUCAAAUAUUUGAUACUAGAAUACUAGUAAAAGGGGAUUAUCAUCCUAGCUUUGCUGUUAACUAGCCUGUAGUCUCAGACCUGUUAGCAGCCCACGAUAGAUCUGUUUCCUCAUCUGCAAAACAAGCAGCUUGGCCUUGCAGGCCUUGGCCCCUCAGAUUUGGUGCACUGUACGGAGUGGGAAGGAGACCAUGAUGGCUCACAGUUAAUAAGGACUCUGGUUAGUCAUACUUUUUAAAUAUUGGGGUAUUGAUUUUUCUCAUUUCUGAAACAACAGAAUUUAAUUGAGAAAAAAAAUGGUAAUGUUGUAGGCUCCAGUGGAGACAGAAAAAUCUAUUUUUUUAUAUACAAAGGAAGAAAUAUUUGUGUGACAAAAAGAAAAAAAAACAAGGUACUGACAUCUCAACAAAGUCCAUGGUUUAAAUUCCAUGUUAAAAAUUCUAAUGAAAACAUAGGAGGCUACAUACUAGUAAAAGUACAAUGCCCAGGAAAGUUGUCACUCUUCACUUAAAAAUAUAUACCAGCAAGUCAUGGCCAUGGGCUGGGGAAAGGCAGGAGCUGGAGUGAUGGCUAAUGGUGAUGUGGUUUCUUUGGGGGGUUGAGAAUGUUCUGGAAUUAUACUGUGAUAAUGGUUGCAUAACUUUGUAAAUAUAUGAAAUAACACUGAAUUGUUAAAAGGGUGAAGUUUAUGGUAUGUGAAUUAUAUCUCAUUAAAAAAAACCCAACACUACCACUUUAACAUUUUGCCCAGUGAAAAUGUGCAUGUUUGCUUCAGACCUUCCCAUCACUUACAAGCAUAAUCUCCAAUAUGGUGCAAAUCCCUGAACUCCAUAGUGGCCAGCAUUCACUUCCUGAAAUAAUGAACAGUGAAAGAAAUGUUAUGUAUGGUUUUGGAAACUCCUCUCUUCACAAGAGGCAUCGUCCUUAGGAAUGGGAAGUCAGAGUCCUUUGUUUAAUAUGACUAGUGACUCCUCCCCACGCAGCGUGGUGGGUCUUGCUCUCCUUCUAGAACCUGCAGUGCAUCCAGUCUUCUCCAUUGAAAUGUCUCUAACAGCUGAAGGAGUCAACACCUGAUCCUAGAGAAGCCUGGUUUUUGGUUUUUGGCUUUUGGUUGUCUGUGGCCUUGAACCAGUUAAAUUAUCCCCAACCAGAGAUUUGAACUUACCUUGGUUCACAUAGGUCCAGGUUCCAAUUAGUCUGCUGAAAAAACCUUAAACAAUAACUUAUUUAUUGUAUUAUAUAAGCUAAUAACAUUCCUUUUUGUUGAAUUAAAACAACUCCAUGGAGCUGUUUUUCUCCUGUUUAUGAUUUUUAUGAUCAAAUCUUUAGUUCCCUAGCUUCAUUUUUUUUUUUUUAAAGUGAAAACUGACUGGAUAUGUUACACACCGAGAUUAUAAAGAGCCACAACAUGCUUGAGUUUGUAAAAGCAUGCCUUCUCUCUGUUGACAUCUAGUUUUUUUACUGGAAAGUUUGUUCUGUCCCUGGCGACUCUACCAUGCUGUUUAACAGCUUUGGUCACAGAAAAAGAAGUUUGCAUUUUUGACCAGAAAGAGCCCCUCGCUGGUGGAAUAUUGUCAAAGUGAAUGGGGGAGGAUGUGGUUAUUUCUGUGCCAUCGUGAGAUGCACAUUUGGCCACGGCUGGUUGCCUCUGUGGCAUCUUUGGAACCCGGGUUAGAAAGGAUCUAUGUGUUGCCAUAUGGGACACUUGUUCAGGUGUUUGGUGUACUUGCACAAAACUGUGUUUGUAUAAGUGUUACUGUGUGGCCUUUAUUUAUUUCCCCCCUAAGUGUCUCUUUAUAUUUGUCUGACAGUUUGUACAUAGAGUAUAUCUUUGAUACAGAAGUAUUACCUUGGCUGUUGCCUCCAGCUUGUAUGGCUAGUUUACACCCACACUGAUUUGGACAGAGUUUGCAUGGGUGCCUUUGAUAGACAAGGCAAUCAUCUUUAUUUGAACCUGGAAAAGUAUUUUGGCAACAAAAUCCAAAUCAGAGACUUAGAGCUCUGGUGAGCAGUCUUCUUUGAAGAGAAGUUACUUAAAAGCUCUUUCAGCUGCAUUGGUGGGAAAUCAUCAUUAUCACCAACAUUUCAUUUCAGGAAGAUGUUCUCAAAGUGUAUUUUUGAUAAGAAAAAAAAAUUAAUGUUUUUAACCUAGACUUAAUGUGACACAUUCACAUAGUCCUGUGCAACUAACUCAUCUUGACUCAUUUUUUCCUUUGAGGGCUUUUAAAAUCACAAUUAUACAGUGCUCCUUUUUUUUUUUUUAUGUAUCCUGACACAUUGGAUAAUAUUUUCAUUUCAUCAUGGAAAAGAAUGUUGGAUAAGGAGACAUUUUUCACUGUUAACUUUUAGCCUCAUGCAUUUUCAUAAUUUAUUUUUUCUACUUGCUGCUUUAUAUGACAUAUGUGACAUUUGAUUAUUUAAUACCAAAUGUGAUUUGCAUAAACCCAAGUCACACAACCCUCUUGCCGGAGAUAAAAUUGAGGUUAAAAGAUAAAGAUUUAUUUUCAUAUUUGUACAGUGAUCGGCCUCAGAGUGAAGGCUUUUGUGGGCUUUUAUUGUAUAUAUGUGUAAGAAAUUUCAUAUGUAUAAAGUAGGCCUCUGAGUAUUGAAUAAUUGUUUCAUGAUUUUGAUUUAUAUGGUUUACAUUUUCAUAGUAUCAGCCAUAUUUCGUUUAUACUGUUUAUUUCUCUUCAAACCAUUAAUAAUUACACCAUAAAGUGUAAUUUUAUAGCAGUGCAAAUGUCUAAGGAACUACAAAUAUUUUCUGCAUUGUAAAUUCAAUAAAGCACGCUUCC